AUGCCAACCAAGAUUGGUAUCAACGGAUUUGGCCGUAUUGGCCGCAUGGUCUUCCAGGCCAUUUGUGAUCAGAACCUCCUUGGCACAGAGCUGGAUGUGGUCGGCGUCGUGGAUAUGUCGACCGAUGCGGAAUACUUUGCGUACCAGAUGAAGUAUGACACUGUGCAUGGGAAGUUCAAGCACGACGUGAAGAUUGGCGAGAAGGAUGAGCUGAUCGUGAACGGCCACAAGAUCAAGUGCAUUCAAGCCAGCCGCGAGGGCCCAAAAGCUUUGCCAUGGAAGGACAUGGGCGUGGAGUAUGUGAUCGAAAGCACAGGUCUCUUCGUCGAGGCGGACAAGGCCAAGGGGCACAUCGAAGCGGGCGCCAAGAAGGUCAUCAUCUCUGCCCCAGGCAAGGGCGAGUUGAAGACCUUGGUGUGCGGCGUGAACCACACCGAGUACAACAAGGCCAGCCACGACGUGGUGUCCAACGCCUCCUGCACCACCAAUUGCCUCGCUCCUGUGGUCCACGUGCUUUUGAAGGAGGGCAUUGGCAUCGAGAAGGGCUUGAUGACCACCAUCCAUUCCUACACUGCCACCCAGAAGACGGUGGAUGGCGUCUCUGCCAAGGACUGGCGCGGUGGCCGUGCGGCCUCCUGCAACAUUAUCCCAUCGGCCACGGGAGCCGCAAAGGCCGUGGGCGAGGUGUUGCCCAGCACCAAGGGCAAGUUGACAGGUAUGGCCUUCCGCGUCCCCACCCCGGAUGUCUCUGUGGUGGACUUGACCUUCACCGCCGAGAAGGACACCUCCAUUGAGGAGAUCGAUGCGCUCAUGAAGAAGGCCAGUGAGACGUACAUGAAGGGUGUCCUCUCCUACACGGACGAGGAGUUGGUAUCCUCGGACUUCAUCCACAACGUGAACAGCUCCAUUUACGAUUCCAAGGCCAGGACCAAAGCCGUAAGAGUCCAAGUGUAG